CGCACACGGAGCUCGGACUAUCGUUUCCAGCCAGAUUAGAGGCUGAUGUUGCUGCCUUCUUUGUGAAGGAGGAAAGUCAUCUGUCCAGUUUCUGGUUUGAACUUCAGGAUGAUUAGUGCGAGGAUUUUAUGGACUCUCAUUCAGAUGCAGAUUAGAUGAUUCUACAGAGCAGAACCAGACAUGGACUUCCGUCUGCAAGAAAAAUCUCACCUCUACUACAAGGUCAACGGGAGCUCCAGACCAGGCGAUGAUCAAGACCUGAGUCAGGAGGAGCAGGACUGCAUCCAGUUCUUUGAGAAAACCAUAGAUUCGCUGGAGGCGAGUUUAGAGGAGGACGACUGGAAGCUUGUGCGAGCAAGACCCUUUGAAAGCGCCACUCAAGAGGUCACUAGACCUGUGGCUAUGAGCACCAACCCCUACACUACUAACCCCAAAGAUCACGAUAUUAUUGACUUGGUCCACAAGGAAGCAGAUUCGGUGCACUCUAAAGAGCCGAUCUUCAGUCCCAACCAUCGAGGCUUUCAGACUAUGGUGCCACCCCCUGAAAGCCACUUUGAGACAAAGCCAAGGCACAAUCCGAUGGACAGCUUGCCUUCAGAGUACAACCCUCCCCUCCCGAGUGGCAUGUCCGGGAAGACGGACACUUCCUACCACCCGGCAGGCAGUGUCCCCACCCCUGUGCUGAUUGCCAAGAAGAUAGCUGAGAACCAGUCCGGAGGAACAGCUAACUUCCUUCCUUCACUCCACCACCUCAGCGUGGAUGAAAAGCCAAGCACAGAUCAUCCAGUGAAGCAGGGUCCUCCUACAUCUGCCAAGCCUACGCACUACCCUGACAACAUCAACAUGAUCGUUGGCAACAAGGACCGUCAAAACCAGCCACCACCUAAUGUGAGCAUCCAGGAGAGACAGGCGCAUAUGCUGGCAAACCUAGGUACGAAUCAACCUCUGCUGCAGGACGAUUCUCUACACAUUGUAGGGAAGAAGCCUCGAAAUGUUCCUACUCGCAGCAUUUCCUUCAGUGACCCCACACCAGACAAAUCUAGAAUGGAGGCCCUGUCUAAGCUAGGGCUAACCAGAAAUCGAGCUAUGUCUGGGGGUAUGCCUCUCCAAAUCACCCCUAACAUUACCCCACUGGUUCCUCUUACAGGUGGCGGCAGCAGUCCCACACCACUGGAGGCUCAUCAUCCAACAACAACUGAAACUGGGCCCAAAUCGCCCGAAGCCCAUGUCACUACCCCACCUCAGAGCCUGAUUCAUGCUGACAGGAAACCCGAGGUUCAGAGGACAUCUUCCUCUAGGAGCAAUGACGACAGAAACCCCCAACCAAGCCUGUUGCCUCCAGCUGCUGCACAGAGCAGCUCCUAUCCACCUCCUGUGGAAAACAAAGUGUCCAUCCCCCAGCAGCCAUCUGAGGUGACCUUGUUGGCACUUAACAGCUACGGAGGAAAAUCCAUCGUGGUCCACCCUUCUGUUGGCUCCAAGAGUGAACCUGCACCCUCAACAACAAGCCAUGAACCCAGAACCCACGCUUCUGCACUCUCCAACCCCAGUGAUCCCAACACCUACGGGGGAAAGAGCAAAGUCAUGACCCCUAGUUCCCUAUCUGGCUCCAGGACUGAGCUUCCCGACAUCCUUAGCUCACACAUGGACAGGGGUCAAACCUUGCCCUACAAAUCAGAGCUGCUGCAGCCCGAGCACAACAGCUACGGAGGAAAGAGCCGAAACUUCAACCCGGCCACCGGCUUAUAUCGCACUUCAGAAAACCAAGCAAGGGGUUCCAAACCUCCAGCCCCAACACCGGCCCCGAGACCUCCUCGGCACAUUGUUCCCCAGAAACCUGCGACGUCCUUGUCCACAGACAACAGGCGAAGAUCCAACUCGAUGUUCCGUCCCCAAGGCAUCACGGUGCAGUUUUCUGGUCGAGGGGAGAUGAACGAAUCACGCAGAGAGGCACUGAGGAAACUGGGGUUGCUGAAAAAGUCUUGAUGAACUCUUGUUUGUUUUCUGGAUUUAUCCUCAGUUUUUACCUGCUGGUGGAGGUUGUUUCGUUAUAGCUCCCUCUAUUGAGUGGAGGGAUAAAGACAGACUUUUACAGAUUUACAGAUAGACAGGGCAGCUGAGCUAAACUGCUUUAAAUCUCUCCAAAAAGUUUGGAAAAAAACAUUUAUUUAGCUUCCUGUCUCAGCUUUGUUUGUGACACGAGUCCGAUUGUGAAUGAGUUUUUUAGCCUUUUUACCAAAAGCAUUAGUUUAAUCUGGAGGCUCUCAAGCCUCUUUGGAUUUAAGGUUGGAUAGAUUUUCACUGGGAUUUUUUUUUCUGUUUAAAUCUUGGAUUCUCAGACUGUGAAGUCUUUAUCACCUCUGUUACACGGGAGCCUUUUUUCUUGUUUUCACUGGUUUUCUUUACUGACUUUGGACAUUUUUUCUAGUCAGUGGUAUGUUAGUGUGUAUUUGUUUUUCCAGUUAAAAGCACUUUUUCUUUUUUAAAAAAAACUUCUAAUAUAAUCAACACUAAAGAGCAAAAAGGGAUCUUAUGUAUGGGACUAACAAAGAAAAGACGCUGUUUCCUUGAAGAUGAGGAGCCGAGCCGAGCAGGGGGAUAUUUUUACUCCAAUGAACAAACCUCCCACACCAAACCACAGACUGGUGGUCUGGGUUUGAGGGCAGGACUUUUACUUUUUUACUACACAGAGGGAAUACUUUAAAAACUGCUCUUUAGGGAUGGGUGUGCACAUAGCAUUGGACAAAACACGAGCACUAAAACCACACAGUCUAGAAAUACAUCCUCGAUAUGUUGUUUCUGACAUUUGAAAAUGUGUUAUUUAACUCUGUGUGUGUGUGUGUGUGUGUGUGUGUGUGUGUGCGCGCUUGUGUGUGUGCGUGCGCAUGUGUUUAUCAAGACUCCGGCCUCUGUAGUUUACCUACAGUAACUUUUGAAGUAUAUAUUUUAUAAACUUAUGUUUACAGACUCCGGUUCUCUGUAGUUCAGCUACAGUCAUGUUGAAGUAUCUAAUGGUGCAUACCUGCAGUAUGGAGCUACUUUAUGAGGAAAUGUUCCUGUGAAGUAGUCACGUCUGCACAGAUUAGGGAUAAAAAGUGCCUCUUGUGUGGUUAAAGGGAAGCUGAGCGGCCGUGUGAAAGUUGCUGCUAUAACUGAACAGCCUGGUGUUCUUUCUUAUUGUUGAAAUAUCCACAUUAUAAACUGUACAUAGUCCAUCUGCUCGAAUAUUUGCACCCAUUAAACUGAACAAUCUUA